AUGGAACUACAACUCCCACCUCCCCUCUCCUCAAUCCCCCGAGCCCCCCUCCUCCUCGGCCCCUCCCCAAUACACCCCCUCCCCCGCAUCUCAGCAGACCUCGCCCCCUCCAAAAAUACAACAAUCUACGCCAAACGCGACGAUCUCAACUCCGCCUACGCCUACGGCGGUAACAAAACCCGCAAACUCGAGUACCUCCUCGCCGACGCACUCGCCAACUCAGCCGACACCCUUGUGUCUAUCGGCGGCGUGCAGAGUAAUCAUACGAGACAGGUUGCUGCGGUUGCUGCGCGCUCUGGGUUGAAGGCUGCGCUUGUGCAGGAGAAAUGGGUUGAUUGGGAGGAUGAUGGUUAUGAAUCUGUGGGCAAUAUUCAGUUGUCGAGGUUGAUGGGGGCGGAUAUUAGACUUGAGAGAGAGGAGGGGUUCGGUAUUCAGCAUAAGGGGACUGUGAAGGGGGUGUUGGAGGAGAUUGAGAAGAGUGGCGGGAAGCCGUAUUAUAUUCCUGCUGGAGCGUCGGAUCAUCCGCUUGGUGGGCUUGGGUUUGUGCGGUGGGCGUUUGAGGUGAGGCAGCAGGAGAGGGAGAUGGGUGUUGAGUUUGGCACGAUUAUUGUGUGUGCGGUGACGGGGUCGACGUUUGCGGGGAUGAUCGCUGGGUUCAAGUUGGUUGAGAAGCUUGAGCCUGAGCUGGCGAAGAAGAAGGUCAUAGGGAUUGAUGGGUCCGCGACGCCGGAGCAGACCAAGGCGCAGGUUUUGAGGAUUGCGAGGAAUACUGCGGUCAAGAUUGGGUUGGGGGAGGAGGAUAUUGCCGAGGAGGAUGUUAUUCUGGACGAGCGGUAUCAUGCGGGGACUUACGGUAUUCCUGAUAAACAGACUUGGGAGGCUAUGGAGUAUGCUGCGAGAAUGGAGGCGUUCAUCACGGAUCCUGUCUACGAGGGUAAGAGUUUCGCGGGUAUGGUGGACAUGGUUCGAAAGGGUGAGAUUCAAGGCAAUGUUCUAUAUGCUCAUCUGGGUGGGCAGUUAGCUUUAAACGCUUACUCCCAGUUGGGUCAGACUAAGUAG